UGUCCUAAAAAGUUAUAUAAAAAAAGUAAUAAUAUAUAUUUAAAAAUGAAUGCUAUAUACAAAGCAAAUACAUACUUAAAUUUAGUGUUGUAGUUAUAGCUAUAAUUGAGACAUGUGAAAAUUUGUAUACUCAAGAUAUUCUGUAUUGAUGAUGAUAAUAGAACAUGUAAUAUGUAAAUGAAACAGUUGGAAAUGACUGGAAAUAACUUAGUACGUUUAUUGCAUACAUAAAAUGUCUCAAGUAUGUCCCUAUUAUAUUACUUUUUAAUAGUUAAUAGCGUUGUUAAAUAUCAUUUAAGUCGUAACAAUAUAAAAUAGUAAAUUGUAAAAUAGAUUAGAUUUAAAUUCAAUUAAAAUGUACUAUUCUAUAAAAUUUAUAAUAUUGAUAAUAGCCAUACCAAUUAUUGCGGGACAUUUUGGAUACAAUAAAUGUGACCAACACACAUGGAUUCAAAAUUUUAAAUUAUGUGGCGGAAAAUUACAAUCUCCAAUACAUAUAUCAUCAUUCAAAUCAAUACCUCUUCCUUUGCCAGCACUUGAAACAAUUGGUUAUCAUGAUUUUCUCCCAAAUCCAUUAUAUUUAAAAAACAAUGGCCAUUCAGUUGUCAUAAAUAUAAAUAAUCGUUUUGAAAAAAAAUUACCUUAUAUAUUCGGAGGUUCACUUAAUGUGAAUCAAGAAUAUGAAAUAGAUCAUUUACAUUUUCAUUGGGGUGCAAAAAAUAACAAAGGAUCUGAGCAUAUUUUAAAUGGUGUUAGAUAUCCUAUGGAAAUGCAUAUAGUUCAUAAAAAUAAAAUUUAUUCAAAUUUAUCUAAUGCAUUAAAUUAUAAAGAUGGCCUUGUGGUUUUAGGGAUUUUUUUUCAAUUACAGGAAAAAGAUAACAAAAAGUUAUAUUCCAUUGUAAAUCAUUUAUUGAGUGUGCAACAAUUAAAUAAAGAAGUAAAAUUAAAUAUGUCUAUAACCUUGGCUUCAUUAUUACCUAAAAAUAUAGAUAUAUUUUAUACUUAUAAGGGUUCAUUAACUACACCACCAUGUAAUGAAGUAGUAACAUGGAUAAUUUUUCCAAAGCCAGUACCAAUAUCUUUCACACAGCUAAAUAAGUUUAGAUUACUUUGUAAUGAAAAAGGUACAUUAGCUAAUAAUUACAGAAAAUUGCAACAAAUAGGACUUAGGAAAGUAUAUGUUAGAAAGUUAAAUCCAUCUUUAAUUGAAAAAUAUAAUAAAACGAUUUUUAAUGUUAUGAAUUUGGAAUGGUUUUGGCAUUAA